GUAAAGAGGAGGCCCCCUGCCCCCAGAGCACAUUAUAAACUCCUACCUAACAAGAACAAUCUGUGUGCAAUCUGUGUGCAGGCCGGGGAGUCCAGACACAGCGAAGGAAACCAAAGGGGGAGGAGAACAGUGAAGGGCCAGAAGGAGGGAUCUGCACUCCUGCUUAAUGGCAUCUUUCUUGCACUGUUCAGACGAACCCCAGUGAAACCUGAAACUGCAGAAGCGUUGGGGUUCACCAGGCUGUCGCUUGCAGGCUUCACGUCUUGGUUUCGCUCUCCCUUCAUCAAAGGGGAUUUCAGUAGAGACGCAGCCCUCCUCCACGCUGAAUGCUGCAGCUUGGCCACACCCACAACUUUUUACAGUCGUCUGGAGGGAAGUACAGAUGAGGAGGAACUCAUCAGCACAAACGCCUUCAUGUCCACUACAGUCCCUUCCACUAAACUCCAAACUCCGACAGAACCUGCCAGAGCAGAGCAGGAGUUCCUCAAAGACUUGGUUGACUUCCUGGAGAAAAAUGUGCUCCUCAUCCUGGUGAUAACGGCGUUGGUCCUUCUGGUCUUCCUCAUGAUCUGCGGAGGGCUUCUGAUGAGCCGCAGGCGCAAAGUGAAUUCCUACUAUCCUGCCUCGUUUCCUUCAAAAAUGUAUGUGGAUGAGAGGGACAAGACCGGAGGAGCUAGAUCCUUUAAUGAAGUGCAAGGAAAAGCUGCAUGUGAACACGAAAGUUCACCGGUGGACUCUCACCGGCAGCUGCAGGCCGACAUCAUGAGAGUGGCCAAGAGCCUGCGAGCUGCCAGUAAAUCUACAGACGCGACAGAGAAAGAUGAGUCCUGCCAACAGGAAGCAGACCCCGCCUCUGAAAACAUCUCCAAAUCAAACUGCACCAUCCUGGACCAGGCGCUUUCAAGUGUCCCUGAAGAGAAAGAGCCGUGUGAGCUCGGUGACAGCGGAACAGCAUCAGGUCCACAGCUGGAGCUGCAUCCAGGAGAUGAGGAUUCACAGGAGCCCACAGCUGACAGGAACCUGCGGCCAGCUUCCCUGCACAUUCACAACGACUCCGCCACACUUCAACUUCUCGCAGGAGAAAAGACGGCUUUCUGAGCAGCAGAAAGCAUAGAUGGAGGCCCGUCUGGUGUUUUUGUAACUUUUGAAACAGGGCAACUGAAGGCCAGACCCACAGAAUAAAAUUUGAGCAACUUUAAGAGUUUCAAAGCAGCCAAA